AGAAAAAUGUAACUUUAUUCCAAAAAAAAUACAAAAAAUAAAAGAGAAGAAUUCGCAGCAUAAUGAUGUAUGUACGACACAUGUGCACAUAAAUAAUAUAUCUCACGUUUUAAGAACGUGCGAUAAACAUAAUCGACAUGUUGAGCCGAACAUUGAUUGCGUUCUCGAGGUUUAAAAUUCGAUGUCAUUAUUGGUAAACAAACAUGAGAUUCGUGAUUCGUUCAAUUUGCAUAUUGGGGUAUGAAGAGGAUCAAGAUCGUGCCGGACAGGCCGAAUCGCCUGUUCGAGAUCUGGUUGGAGGAAUGGAGGAACGAUGCGAGGCUCCGAAACUCCGAGCUGUGCAAUCAGUUCACGAAAGCUUUGGAUUCGCUGAAGCGAUACCCGCUUCCAUUGGAAUCCGGUAAAGAAUGUAUAAUUUUGCAACAUUUCGGCACAAAAUUAUGCUCGAUGUUGGACAAGAAAUUGGAAGAGCAAAAAAGACACGAAUCCGCUAAAGCAGCUGGCGUUCGCUUUUCCAAAGCUAUUGAUAAUGCGGACUGUAUUACUGCGUCCAGGAAGCAACCUGUAGAUAAGGUUGUUGAAAUACAGGAGAAAACAGCAAGAGUGGUCAGACAAGCUAAGAACACAAAACAGAAUGCAUCGAAAAAAUUAGUAAAUGUAAAUGAAAUUGCAUCAAAGGAAAGUGAUAGGCAAAUUUAUUUAGAACCUAAUACUUUCGAUAUUAUAUUAUUGGUGGACACCCAAGAAACUUGCGGUGGAAAAACAAAGCCUCAACAUGAUGCUACGCUUAUGGAAUUGACACAGCUUGGUGUAUUGUUUGAAGUACGUCAUUUGAAGGUUGGCGAUUUUACAUGGAUUGCCAGAUGUAGAGAAACAAAGGAUGAAUUGGUUAUACCUUAUAUAAUAGAGAGAAAACGAAUGGAUGAUUUAAGUGCUAGCAUUACAGAUGGGAGGUUUCAUGAACAAAAGUUUCGAUUGAAGCAAUCUGGUAUUGAGAAUCUCAUGUAUAUAGUGGAGAGUAUCGACAAGAGUUCCCGAUUUUCUAUACCGCUCCCGUCAUUGUUACAGGCUUCUGUAAAUUGUCUAAUACAAGAUGAUUUUACUGUAAAAUAUACAAGAAAUCAUAAAGAUUCUAUGUCAUAUUUAUCAUAUAUGACAAAGACUCUAAUUAAAAUCUACAAGGUGUGUAAGUGACAUUGUGCAUAUAAUUGUAUUAUAAGAUAUAUAUAUAUAUAUUGUACAGUUGGAUGUAAGAAAGAGCAUCUUCUUCAGACUAAUGAUUUGGAUAGCACAAUACGUCUUAUAGAAUUCAAAGAAUUCAAUAAAGCGUCUUCUAAACAGAGAAAAUUUAAAGUAAACGAGAUGUUUAUUCGCCAAUUAUUACAACUAAAAGGCAUGUCCAUAGAUAAAGCGACAGCAAUUGUAGAACGUUAUCCCUCGCCACAGAUUCUGAUCACAGCUUUGGAAAAUUCUGCUAAAGAUGAGCAAUUAUUAGCAAACAUUCAAGUCGGUGACAAAAAACGGCAGCUCGGACCUACCAUUAGUAAGGCUGUUUAUCAGCUUUACACUAUGAACGAGCUGAGUUGACUAAUAAAAAGAUGCAUAUCUGGGAUAUUCGUUUAUACCCAUCCCAUGUAAAUAAUAUUCAACAAUUUUCGCACAUUUUCAUCGCUAUUAUACAUCAAAAGAUAUUCUUUCUAGGUAUUCAGUAAUAACGAUCUUUCAUAUAGUAAAAAAUUAUUGUAAUAAAACAAUUGGAGUGUACAUAUAAAAAAGUACUU